AUGAGUCGGUCAGAAGCCCGCAUUCAGAGUCGAAGUCGGAAUAGCACCACCACCACGGCUCCGGAACCUUGGCGGGGACUCGGAAUUGGAGUCGGAGUCCGAGUCACUCGGAGUCGUGGCGACGAGCCAGGAGUCGGAGUCGGAGUCGGUCAGCAGCCCGAAUCCAAGACCUUCAUGGAAUUUAACGGGAAUAUUUUUCAGCCUUGGAAGGACUACAUGGGACUGUCGGAUGUAAUCCGAGGAGUCAUGACCUCCACCCAAUCUCCACCUGCGGCUCCUAAAGUUCCAGUUCCACAUGACAGAGGAACAGCGUUUGGUCCUCCCCGUCAUGGAGUCGAUCCCAAUGCUCUGGAGGCCAUGUGCUGCAAUUUUUGCAAGCACAACGGAGAGAGCGAGGAGGUGUACACGUCGCACAGGCUGAAGAGCGUCGCUGGGGAGGUUCUGUGCCCUUACCUGCGCAAGUACGUGUGCCCGCUCUGUGGAGCUACUGGCGCCUCAGCCCACACCAAACGCUUCUGCCCUAAGGUUGACAGCUCCUACAUCCCACUUUACACAAACGCCAGACGCUUCAUGCGUUGA